AUGGCUGCGUGCGACGUUGCUGUGAUGCAACGCUCUGGCCUCAGGCUUGUGCUCGCUGCUGCGCUGGUUGCUCUCAUACUCUCAGCGUGUACGCCCAGGGCCGCGGAGGCCCUGCGCCUGGCAUGCACGGAUCGCAGCUGCGGCGCCAACGCGAGGGCCGCGGAGGCCAUGCGCCUGGCAUGCACGGACCGCAGCUGCGGCGCCAACGCGAGGUGCCUCAAGAGCGUGGCGGGCUGGGCGGACUGCGUCUGCGACAGGGGCUUUAAGUUGCUGCCCAACGCCUCCUGUGCGCAGGAGUGCACGAGUGCAGACUCUGGGGAGAAUGGGUACUGUGAGGAGGAGCAGGGGGGGCGCACCACCUGUCGCUGCAACACUGGCUUCACCAAGACCGCGGACGGCUGUGUUGACACGUGUGUGCUCCUGGAGUGCGGUGAGAAUGGGCAGUGCGUUAAGGACGAGGAGGGGGCGGCGUCGUGUGUGUGUGACGCUGGCUUCACCCUGCGAGACGAUGGCAAGUCGUGUGCUGGGCUCCAGCCGUCGUCCUGCCACCUGCUGCCAGCAACCGCCGCUGCCCACGGGGCCAAGAGAAGGACGCUAAGGGCAACUGCGUUGGUGGACACGUGCAUACUGCAGGCGUGUGGUGAGAAUGGCCGCUGCGUGAAGGACGAGGCGGGGAUGGCAUCUUGUGUGACCUUCUUCUUUGCCCCACGCUCAUUAAUCCCCCCUUCCCUUCCAACCCCCUCCCCCCCAGAUAAUUGCAUUCUUAAGAGGGCUUGCCACAUGUGGCAACCGCCCGUCCCUCGCCACCUGCUCUCUUGUCUGCCCUCUUGGCCCCGUCUUCUCUACCUGCUCUCCAGUCGCAUCAUGUCUCCUCUCCUCACAUAUUCCCACUUUUUCUCCACCCUGCGCACACCAGGGCCUGCCCCAUGUGGCAACUGUCCGUCCCUGGCCACAUGCACUCUUCUAGUCCAGCCGCUCUCCUACCUAUCGCACUCACAUCUUCCCAUCAUUUCACCACCCUGCGUGUACCAGGGCCGGCUACAUGUGGCAACUGCUUGGCCUUGGCCACAUGCACUCUUCAGCUUUGCCUUCUACUCUGCCUGCUCUCACAUUGUCGCACUGCCUGAUUUCACCACCCUGCGCUUACCAGGACCUGCCACAUGUGGCAACUGUCCGUCCCUGGCCACAUGCACGCUCGUCUCAUCCACCAGAAAGGCUCCUUACUAUGUCUGCCCUCCUGGCUUUGGCAUGGCCCCCACUGGUUGCGUCCGUGGCGCCCUCCCAACCGUGUCCUCUGCGAGUCUCACCUUCUAUAACCAGCCUGGAUAUGCCUUGACGCCCUACACCUACACCAUGCGUGUGAGAUACUCCGGAUGCACCAACCUGCCUUCGAUGAUCGGCCUCAAUGUCCGCUCGUACUGGCGGGUGGACCAGGCACCGGGAGGAGCGGGGGGCUGCCAGGCUGUCAACGUGUAUCGCUACGCCAACUGCGUUACACUGGUGGUUCAGCUGCCCUACCUGUCACUCGCCAGCAUCGCUGCCGCGGGUGUCUCUUCGGUUACUGCAGUUUCUUGUUUGGCACUCCUACCUUGUCAUCGCUUCUCCUCCCCCACCACCUGUUGCCUCACCCUCCCACCCACCUUGUCAUUGCCUCUCCCUCCCACCCAUCUCGUCAUCGCCUCUCCCUCCCACCCACCUCGUCAUCGCCUCUCCCUCCUACCUUUCCAUCGCUUCUCCCUCCCACCCCGCCAUCCACUCUCCAUCCCACCCCGCCAUCCCCUCUCCCUCCUCCCCGCCGUCGCCUCUCCCUCCUCCCCGCCGUCGCCUCUCCCUCCUCCCCGCCGUCGCCUCUCCUUCCUCCCCGCCGUCGCCUCUCCCUCCUCCCCGCCGUUGCCUCUCCCUCCUCCCCGCCGUCGCCUCUCCCUCCUCCCCGCCGCCGCCUCUCCCUCCUCCCCGCCGCCGCCUCUCCCUCCUCCCCGCCGUCGCCUCUCCCUCCUCCCCGCCGUCGCCUCUCCCUCCUCCCUGCCGUCGCCUCUCCCUCCUCCCCGCUGUCGCCUCUCCCUCCUCCCCGCCGUCGCCUCUCCCUCCUCCCCGCUGUCGCCUCCGGCGACAGAUGCCCGGAGCGCAAGUGCGUCCCGGUCCUUUCAUCCUCCCUCCCCCCGCUGA